GAGCUGUUCACUCUCACACCAGGCUGGUCGGUGAGGAGCCUGAGACGCACAAAAUGCUUUUUAUUCAGCCACAAGCUCAUUGAGGAGCUGACGAACCCUUCGUAGUCUCAGUCAGCUCCGUCUAUUCCAGCAGCUCCUGGUCCUCUGACUGCAACUCACUGGCUUUUUUCAAUCCUCACCUCCACAACAGACUCUUUGGACUGUUUCAAUCUACUUUUUUAAAUUCCAGUUUCGACUGCUCUUCUCUCAGACUCUGGGUUUUCCUGGUGAUGACCUCACUGCUGUUCCCUGGCAACGCCCACGCUGCGAUGAAGGACCUCUCCUCCUCCUCCUCACCUCUCACCUCCCUCCUCCACUACCCGUCCUCCAAGACCUCCGUCGUGCCCUUCUCGCCGUCCGCCGGUCCCCCCUCCUCGCCCGGCUCGCCGCUGACCUCGGCGCCGCUCUCCAAACCUCAGCCGUUCUGCUUGCAGACGGGGCCUCACCUCAUCGCAAGCAUGCAGCUGCAGAAGCUCAACUCGCACUACCAGAACCUGGCCGGCUCCGCCACCGGACACCCUGCGCCUGGUGGGGCUCAGAGGGGCUUCGGCGCCUCACCGCUGGGCACCAGUAACCAGCUGCUGGGGUCGACCGGGGCCCUCGGUGGAGGCGGGAUGGGGAUCGGCAUGGGGAACCAAAGCUCCGGAGCCGGUGGAAUUAUCGACUUUGACCCGGUGGACGAGGAGGUCCUCAUGUCCCUGGUGGUGGAGCUGGGUUUGGACCGAGCCAACGAGCUGCCGGAGCUCUGGCUGGGGCAGAAUGAGUUUGAUUUCAUGUCAGACGUUCCUGCCGGAUGCUGACCUCCGAACAGCAGAAACUGACAAAGAGAGAGAAGACGUCUCUCCCUGUUUGGUUUUUCUCUUUCCUCCCUUUCUUAGUCGAUAAAACGAGGAAACACAAGAGACACUGAAUGAUAAAGAGAUUAGAGGCAAACCCUCAUUUCUGUUUUGCUUUCAUACUCGCGACAGGCUGACAGACGAAGCAAACACAGCUUGCUUUUGAUUUUUCUGUUGUUUUUUUCCAAUGGAGUUCUUUCAAUCAGUGCAUUUUUCUUUCCUUGCAAUGAAACAAGAGCUGCUCCGAUUUGUAUUUCCCCAUUUAGUUGAACAGCCACACAAACAUUAGAGUAUGAACAGAAGCUAGGAGUGGAGGACUGCUGCUCCUAUCCUCUUUCCUCCGUCACUCCAUCACUAGGGCUUAAUGAAAACGAGCUGACUGACAUGCAAGGGGCUAACGGGGACAUCUGAGCCCCCCUCUUGGAAACAAACUAUAAAGACAGUCGGUAAGAUACACCUGUUGGACCGGCUCCCCUCUUUUCUUAGCACCAGCGUUUAAGGAAAAUGAAAAUGGGAACCACGGCUUCAUGGGAGAUUUGCGAAGGAUGGCAAACACUGCGCUUCCUGUUUUCUUAAUAGACAAUAUUAGACUCUGGUCUCAUGGGAAAGAGACUCCUGUCCGUUAGCUUCACAAAGAAACUGAUUGUCUGAGGACUGGUUAUCUCAAUGUACUUGUCUUUCUUUUUUUUGUUUGAAUUUAGUUCAACCAGUCGUAUUCAUAGAACAUGUUAUUUAAGACAGCGGCUGAUAUCCAUCAGGAGUCUGGACAAGGAGAGCUUCUGUGGCAGCUCUGCUUUUUUGAACAUAAUGAAUUAGAUCAAGAAAUGUGGAAUCUUUGGUCCCUGAAUGGAGUAAAUUGUGUCUGGCUCUGGUCAUGCAAGUCGCCACUACAUGUGCAUGUUUUGUUUUCUGACCUGCGGUGUCAGUGAUCCCGGGUUUCAGUCAGCUUCACACGCCCUCGGCUUUUAGAUAUUGCUGCUCUGUCACUUUGAUAUUUGUGUCAAACAGUUUGUUAUGAUCUACAAACUUUAUGUUCCUGAGCAGGAGGUGUCAACUGUUUUCUCAUCAAACGCUGCUGUUUGCACACCUUUGACCAGCCGUUUGCAGAGUUCAGACCAAAAUGAAGUUUCGUAGAAUCUAGCAGCUAAUGCAUUAGCAUGGUUUCUGCUAAUUCCUGCUGUUUUAUUGUCUUAUUAAGGAUGCGGUGCGCCACCUGGCAACCAUACUGGAGGUCCUUUACUUCCGUUUAUCCAAAAAAGUCGUUGCUGUUUUGCUUUUCAACAACAAUCACUUUAGAUUUUAGCUUCUGCAACUGCCAGAAACUAGCAUGAACAUGAGCCAUGAAGCUGGUAAGAAACCUAACCAAAGAGCACGAGUGAAACCCAAAGUCACAUUUAAAGCUUCCCUCGGUCGUGACAUGCGGAUGAACUUCGGCGCUUAACUCUGAAGAAGUCCUGAAAGUGUUGGGUUACAUCAUAACCGCUACUGAGCUUGCAUGUCCAAUCAGCGCCAUGCGAUACGGUUGAAAGCCGUGGGAGAAAAGCUAAUAAGUCAGCUUUGACGUGGCGUUGUUGUGCAAAGUGAGCUUUUACAUGUGAAAUUACACGUUUAAUGGUUGUUUUCACGUCAGGUUGCACUUCACGACUUAAAUUUCACACGAAAAACAUUCACAUUCUGUACAUGUAAAAUAGAGAUCAGUGGUGUCUGGGUGGUGAAAUUCUCCUUUUUUUUUAACUCGUUAGCUUGUCCCUAUGGUGUUUUUAAUAAGCUGGAAGACAUACACUACUGUUCAAAAGCUUGGGGUCAUCCAGACAACUUCAUGAUGUCCAUGAAAACUUUCAUUCAUGUGCUAACAUAAUUGCACAAGGGUUUUCUAAUCGUCAAUUAGCCUUUCAACACCAUUAGCUAACACAAUGUAGCAUUAGAACACAGGAGUGAUGGUUGCUGGAAAUGUUCCUCUGCAUGGAUUUCUGUGUAAUAAUAGAACACAGACUCAUCGGCUUUACUAUACUCAGACUGAUCAUGCUUACUAGCCCUCUUAAAGAUCAAUUAUGAGCCAGAAAACCCGCCGAAUGUGUGAGAGGAAUAGACUAGAGUAGAUAAAGCAGAUAUGUAGGUGAGCUUAUGUGCAGUGGAGGUUCAUAGAUCUGCAAAUUCUAGAGGCGACAAUGCAACAUCUAAGCCAAGGACCUAUUUUCAUGCAAAAGACUUCUAAAUAUGUAACUUUAAUACACUGAAAUUAGGUUUUUAGGGGUUAAAUCAAUAACCAGAGUGACGCUACGUUAAAAAUGCAUUUAAAACAGCAAAUCAACAACAAAAAAUACUGUUCAGGUAUAAUUUCCAUGUGUUUGCAUUCUGAAAGUGUAGUUUUGCUUCAUACGUUUUUAUCUCUAAUUUUGGUUUAAUACAACAGUUUUUCCUGCAUAGAGGACUUUUUUGGUCCCCCUACAAAAGAGCACUAAAAACAUGUUUUUUUAUCAUUUAGUCAAGCAUAAUAGGCAUUUCAGUUUAUCAAAUAGCAGAAAUUGCUUAGAUUUCUAUGUAAUAAUGAAACACAGACUCAUUAGCUUUACUAUACUCAGACUGAUCGUGCUUACUAACCCUCUUAAAGAGCAAUUAUGAGCCAAAAAACCCCACCGAAGUGGGGUGUGCAGUGGUGUUUCCCAUAUGAUGCAUUCAUGUCUUUUUUUAAUAUAAAUGAAGAUAUCAUUGAUUAAGACAUGAAUUUUCAGCUUAAUUCUGCUACAUCUUUGCAGCCUGGAUAUAUUUUAAAGCUUAUAGAUGCUGCAGCAACAACUACAGAGUGUUUUUUGGAUUGAACACUUUCUAUAAAACGAGAGAGAACAGCGAACUAUUGGACCUCCAUGAUGCUGCCAGAUGUGGUUGCCAGUUUGGUGCACAAAUGAUCUCACUUUAUGAUUAUGGACGGAACACUAACUGGUUUAUAGAGUCCACCCUGCACCUACCAGGUGUUUGUUUCUCACUGCUGCGGACUUAAAAUAUCCAGGGGGCUUUAAACCGACACCCGACCCUCCACCCAAAUAUAGGGGAUUUACUGGAUGCAGCAGGAUGGGGGUAAGAGGAGACGGAGGGUUGGAGCUGAGCGUCCCAAACAAAGGCCUUUCACCUCGGCCCGGCGUGUCUGUCAUCUCGGCAUUGUGGGUCUCCUCCCGGACCACACACAAUAACACACCUGCACAUAAUAACACACCUUUAUCCUCGCAAAGACACAAGCCGUUGGAAAGGAAGCGGCAGCGUGGGGAUGGUGUUACAGCGGGGAAACGGGAGCUGCAGCCAUGAAACAGGCACUUGUUCAGUUACUUCACGGGGUUGUUGUGUUUGUGUGAAGGCGAUAGUGAUGUUGAUGGAAAAGAGGCGGAAAAAGCAGCAGACGGAGGAGGAAAAACACGCCGAGCCUCGUUAAUUUAUUUAGAUCCACACAGCUCGGCUUACACACAUAUUUCUUAACACUUUUAAUGUCGAUAAGCGUCUCGGUUACAGUCCAACUUUCUGUUCCCGUCCGUCUUUAAGCAGCCAUUAAUGAAAACCCGCUGAAAGGAGUAAUUUGACAGAAUCCUUUUCUCCUUUAAAAGGAUCUGGUGGGUAUUUCCUCUAGAACAACCACUCCACUGACACAGACAGACACUCGGAUUCUUCUCUUCCUCCGUCUCGCCGCCUAAGUGGGUCAGAAAAACAUUCUUCACAUCGAAGACGGCCUCAAGUCGACAUUUUUGUGUGUCUGUGUAUGUGUUGUUUUGCGGUCCGGUCUUAAUCCCAGCUGAGUUGAUGUUUUGGGUUUUUUUUUUUUUUGCUGUGUGAACCAGAGCGUCCCUCCUUUCUCCUCCCCUGAGAAGCUACUUGAAUUGUCUUGAGGGCUUUCAUUUCCUUUUUCUCCUUGACCUCCGAUAUUGCAGAUUAACCUUUUGAACCAAAAUAGUCAUCGCAGCGUUGAAAACUCAGAGCCAUGCAAAGUAUUCUUCAUUUUUUGGGGGGUCAGUUUGCGCCUAAUUACUGCAUUACUCCUGUUUCAAAGCAAACUCUCCGAGUUUUGUGUGUUUUAGCUGCGAUGACGGAAAGAAUAUCGACUUUAAUGACUCCUCCAUCGUCCAUAUUGUGACAUUUUCUAAAAGAAAGACUCUCCUAAGAUUUGAUUAUGUUGCAGUAAUUAGUCCACCAAGGAACACGACGGAGUUAUGUCAUGAUUGGCGUACAUUUGUCCGUCUGUCUGUCUGUCUGUUAGCAACAUUACUCAAAAACGGACCAACGGAUUUGGAUGAAAUUUUCAGGGAAGGUCAGAAAUGACACAAGGACCAAGUGAUUAGAUUUUGGCAGUGAUGCAGCUCCUAGUCUGGAUCCACAGAUUUGUUGCCUGCUGACGAUCACAUGAUUGCGAUCCUACUACAAAUCCACUGCUGUGGACUUAUCAGGACUUAACAACGAAAAUGAUACAAGGAACAAUUGAUUGUCGGGGUGUUUCCGAGCCCCAUCAAUUCCUGCUGCCCACUACAGAGUUAGGUCACGCAAUUCAGUAUCCGUACAUAACGUACACAUGCAUAACACACACCUGUGCUCAGUGCAAGGUCAUUUAGUUUGUGGGAACGUCUAUAUUAAAUGGCCACAUUCUAUAUUGUACUGCACUCUCUGAGUGCUUUUCUAGUUACAUUCUGUGAUAAUCUAGCUAAUUUGGCUAAACAGAAAAUGAAAACGCUCAUUACAAAAAGCCUGCAAACCAUCUUCUAUUUUCUAAAUUUGUGCUUGUUUAGCAUGAGGCUAAGACACAUUGCUAUAAACUGCAUCCAGAUAUCUUCCAUUUUUGUCUGUAAUAUGUCAUGUUUGAAAGACAAUAACUAGAAAGUGUUUAAUGCCAGGACUCUGCAAAUCAUCACAGAUGUCUACAUCAAGCUGACCACAAUUUGAUUAAAUUUCAAACCUCUAGGCGUAACUUUAUUGGAAUUACGGUUUGUGUCACAUGUCCAUAUUGGCAAAAUUUUUUAAAAUGCAAGAAAAAAUGUGAACCAUUGUUCUUCAAAAAGUAGAAAUUAACACUUAAAAAUGCCCUGUUUUGUCUCACAGUCAAAAUCCAAAAGAAAUGCUGUCAUUUACCAAAUAUUUGCAUUCAAGAAACCUACUGGAUAAUUCAUUUUUGGUCUAGAUGUGCUGCUGUGGUCAAACAUUCCAAUGGAGGAGUGUCUGUCGUUGAUGACACAGCUAAAAAGAUGCAUUUAGUGUCACGAUAAAGGUGGAAUUUCCUAAACCAGGUAACCCACGUGUUAUUUUUAUUAUUAUUUUUGCCUCCUAUCUGAUCUACGAAGCAUCAGCAGACCAGUGCAGCUCAUAAAAGCUCCUCUAAAUGGUGCCUUAUCACCAAAAACCUUGUGACAGUUUCUGUUAAUUUUGGAGCUACAACUAAUAAAGCAGAUUUACAGUUUUCAUGUGACAUCUGUGAUUCGUUUCGCUUUCGACAGCUGCCUCUGGGCUUCGGGGGUUGUUAUAAAUGUCCCAACACAUGAAGGACUGUGAAAACCUUCAGCACAAACAGCGAUAUAUCUGUUAAAAGCUACAGUAAUAAAGCCACCGCUCUGCUCUCCAAACCGAAGCACUGAUUUAAUACUGACCUGCCUUUAAACCUGUACAUUCAUGUCUUAUUUUGUUGUUGGUUCUACCUGCAGUUUCUUUCUUUGAUUUAGUUUUUUCUUUCUAGUGAUGAAAUUAUUAUUAUUCAAAGAUGAUUUUUAAAGCACUUUUUGCUCACCGACUCUCACUUGUACAUCUAUAUGAAUAUGUAAAUGACUGAGAUCAUAUUGGAAAACAAAAACUUGUAUUUUUGUUACGGCUCUGAAGUUUGGGGGGGAAUAAAGAAAGUUAUAAACUGAA